CAAACCGCCUUUGCAAGUGGCCCAGGGACUCGUAUCUUUACAUUGGCCAACUUCGCACGCUUCAUACCUCGAACAUUCAGCUCUUUGACUAUUCGGUACUGCUCGCACAUCAUGGCAGCGGCUGCUUCACCUCCGCCAGCCAGUUCCAAUAGGCUGCCAGACGAGGUGGUAACCUGUCUUCAGAAUGCGCGAUUUCUUCAUCUUGCAACUUGUUCGAACAACAUUCCUCACGUUUCCUUGAUGAAUUAUACCUAUCUUCCAAACACGCCGUACUCGUCAGGACCGAUCAUCAUCAUGACAACGCCCUCUUCUUCUCGUAAAACCGAUAAUCUGGAAUCCAACACCCGUGUGUCGCUUCUGGUACAUGACUGGAUUUCUCAUCGACCGCCUACCCUUAGCCAACAAGGUCGCUCGCCAUCGCCUUCCCAGCCAGGUCCACGUUCCGGCUCGUUGGCCGAGCUUUUACUCGGAAUGAACACAGCGUCACUCAGCAGAAUCAGCACCACGAUCAAUGGUGUAGCCGAGAUCAUUUCCGCUGGUUCUGAACAAGAGAGCUGGUACAGGGCGCAGCACCUUGCGAACAACACAUUUGGACCUCCCGAUGAGGAUACAUACUCCAGCUCUCCGGUUGGCGGUGGCCUGUGGGGCGGAGGUGGUAUAGCUCGCACCCAUGAAUACGGGAGCGACACAAGAGAGGGCGAUGGCGGCACUCGAUGCUAUGUAGAGGGUGACGAGGUUAAAGUCGUGGUCGUGAAGAUUCAAGACGGAAGAAUCGCAGAUUGGAAGGGCCAGGUCAGGGAUUGGGCUCUCCGAGACAUAGACGGGACACCUACAAUCAAUGGCUCGAUGCCUUGAACGCAUCAGUUGCGCAGUCCGCCAGUAUGCACGUCACACCAGCCGAGACGUAGCGACCUAAGGCGAACAAUUGCGAGUCAUGAUAUUACAUGGGUAUACUGCACGGAACUUGGAGGAAAAAAUCGUUCGUUUCUUCCUCUCUAUCGUCCAGGCAAGAAGUUGAGUGAGCAAUGUGUUCGCUAACAGCGUUUGCUGAGUUUCCAUUUUGCGUAGACUAGCCGUUUUGCCGUUAUGCAAGGGGCACUCGAAUCGGCGCAGGCCUACCUUGUAAUUUAUUCUAUUGCGUCGGUUCAGGAAGGAUUCGCAUCAAGCCCUUUCUGGUAUACGGCGGUGUGCUAUCUGCCUUUGUCUCCGUCUGCCACCAAAAAAAGGUGAGAUCCUUCCUUCACUUGCCUUGCGGUUCCUGGACUGUUAUUGGCCUUGUUCAUCUUU